AUGUUCUUGACACGUUCAGAAUACGAUCGAGGAGUCAACACCUUUUCACCCGAGGGUCGUCUCUUCCAAGUCGAGUACGCCAUCGAGGCCAUCAAGCUGGGCUCGACGGCUGUGGGAAUCAAGACAGCAGAGGGACUUAUUCUGGGGGUGGAAAAGAGGGUGACCUCGUCGUUGCUGGAACCUAGCUCGAUUGAAAAGAUCUUUGAGAUUGAUGCCCAUAUCGGAUGUGCCAUGUCGGGCCUCACUGCCGAUUCCCGGACCAUUGUCGACCACGCCCGUGUCGAAGCACAGAACCACGCAUUCACGUACAAUGAGAGCAUCAAGGUCGAGAGUGUGACCCAGGCAGUAUGCGACCUUGCUCUGAGAUUCGGAGAGAGUGCACGAGGCGAGGAGUCCAUCAUGUCCCGUCCUUUUGGAGUGUCGUUGUUGAUCGCUGGAAUUGACGAGACCGGGCCCCAGCUGUUCCACACGGAUCCAUCAGGAACAUUUGUGUCAUACAGUGCAAAGGCGAUUGGAUCGGGAUCAGAAGGCGCAGAGACAGAGUUGCAAGAGGAGUACCAUACCUCGAUGACGCUGAUCGAGGCCGAGACCCUGGCACUCAAGGUCCUGAAGCAGGUCAUGGAGGAGAAGCUCAACUCGACCAAUGUCCAGCUCGCCUCCGUCACUAAGGACGGUGGGUUCCAGAUCUACUCUGCUGAAAAGCUCCAGCAGGUUGUCGAGCGCUUGUAA